GAGUCCAGAGUAAUGCCACUAAGUUUAAGCCUACAUUGGAAAGCACUUUGCGUGGAUUGGAUGCAAAUCAUCCGCUGGCUGCAAGCGUAAAGAAUGGCCGCAGGUGAAGGGGAAGAAUUCGUAUACAGGAUUAGCACGGCUGAGGAAUGGGAAGCAUUGCAAAAGAAUGGAUCUGCUUUAGGCGGAGACCUUGACAAAUCCUCUGGUUUCAUCCACCUCAGCUCGCUUCAUCAGGUAAAGCCCACACUGCAGAAUUUUUUCUCUAACGUCAAAGCGGAUUUGUACCUUCUUCAAAUUGACGCUAAGAAGCUUGGAGAUGGAUUGAUAUAUGAGGUUGUCGAUGGUACCAACAGCUUCCCACACUUCUAUGGCCCAUCUCGAAGCUUCGCUCCUCUUCCAUUAGAUGCAGUUAUAAAAGCUGAGAAGCUAUCGGUAUUAGAAGGCAAAUUCAGUUGCAGUUUAUUGAAUUAAUUGAUCCACUUCAUCAUCUCCUUGAGCAAAUAGUAGAUAUACUAUUGCUUUGAAUAGAUAUAAUCAUACAAUGUUCUGCCGUUGUAAUACUUAAAACUCCUAAUAAUAGCAAAGGUGUGUGUAUUUUGUUGAUUAUGAUGUGUUUAUAUCGAUUACACUUGGUCUCAAUCUGUAUUGGACGUAGAGCUGAGGUUAAGCAAUCGAAUUUGAUGAAUAUUGUUAUUUGUGAGUUAACGCUCCAUCU